AUGGAGUUCCCAGAACACAGCCAGCAGCUGCUGCAGAGCCUCCGAGAGCAGCGGUCCCAGGGUUUCCUUUGUGACUGCACCGUGAUGGUGGGUAGUACCCAGUUCUUGGCCCAUCGGGCUGUGCUAGCCUCCUGCAGCCCAUUUUUCCAGCUUUUCUACAAAGAGCGGGAACUGGACAAGAGGGAUCUGGUGUGUAUCCACAACGAGAUUGUCACAGCCCCGGCCUUUGGACUGCUUCUGGACUUUAUGUAUGCUGGCCAGCUGGUCCUGAGGGGGGAUACCCCUGUGGAGGAUGUGCUGGCGGCUGCCAGCUACUUGCACAUGAAUGAUAUUGUCAAGGUGUGUAAGCGGCGGCUGCAAGCCCGGGGCCUGGCAGAGGCGGAUAGUACCAAGAAGGAAGAAGAAACCAACUCACAACCCCCUAAUUUGGAAUUUUUGUCCAGCACUUCCCGUGGUUCCCAGGCUUCGCUGGCAUCAGCAGAGACAUCAGGGCACUGGGGCAAAGGGGAAUGGAAAGGCUCUGCAGCUCCCUCACCUGUCUGUCCUCCAGAUGAGCCACCAAUGCCAGCUGGGGCUGACACUACACAGCCUGGGGUGGAGGUUGAGUCAUCGCAUCUGCGGGCUCCUCCUCUACCAGUGGCUGAUGUCUCUCUUGCCAGCCCCAGCAGUUCCACAGAGACCAACCCUGCAAACUACUUCUCUGCGGGCCUCCCAACUGUUUCAGUGGAGCCACUGGCUCCACUUGAUGUGGGUUCUGAGAGCCUGAGGGUGGCAGAACCAAGGGCAACUGGAGGACCAUUGCAAGGCUUCUAUCCCCCAGCUUCAGCUGCAGUCCCAGUUCCAUCCGAGGCUCCCGCCCCCGCGGAAGCUGAGCUGGUACAGGUGAAAGUAGAAGCAAUUGUGAUUUCUGAUGAGGAGCCUGACGUGUCAGAGGAACAGCCUCGAGGUCCUGAGGGACUCUUCCCUCCUGGCGGAGCCAUGUAUGGUGGACAGCCCCCCCAGCCAGAGGCCUUUGAGGAGCCACGGGCAGCAGGAUUGGAGGAGGUGGGGCCCAGUGACCACUUCCUGCCGCCAGAUCCGCACCUACCCUACCAUUUGCUGCCAGGUCCAGGGCAGUAUCAUCGAGGACUGGUGACCUCGCCCCUGCCUGCUCCACCCACCCUGCAUGAGCCACUCUACCUGCCUUCUGAGUAUGAAACAGCCCCAGGAAGCUUUGGGGGUUUUACUGAGGAUGUUCCUACUUGCAAGACAUGUGGGAAGACCUUCUCAUGCUCUUACACACUGCGGCGUCACGCCACAGUGCACACGCGGGAGCGACCCUACGAGUGCCGCUACUGCCUGCGCAGCUACACGCAGUCAGGGGAUCUGUACCGCCACAUCCGCAAGGCUCACAAUGAGGACCUGGCCAAACGCAGCAAACCGGAUCCAGAGGCUGGCCCGGUCCUGGGAGCGCAGCCCCUCCCUGGCUCCCCGACCGCAGACAGACAGAACAGCAGUGCUGGAGGGCCACCCAAAGAUUUUGUAUUGGCUCCAAAAACUAACAUCCGGGAGAGCAUGCGCCGAUGCCAGGCCUGCUCUUGCCGCCACCGGGGGGCAGCACGGAAGGUGGAAGCACCUGAUUUCCUCCGCUGGGGAUGGAAUGAAGAUUCUGCCCAGGCUGAAGGUUCCUACCCUUUUCUUUUCCCAGCCAGAGAGGACUUUAUGGGUAUUGCGUCUCAGCCAACUCCUCGCCGCACUGGGAAUUUUCCUGAGAUGUAA